GAUUUCCAAUUGUUGUUUGUAAACAAAAUGUCGAAUCUCGAAGAUGAUGAUGAUCCUCCUCAUCUUUCGGCUGAAUCGUUGGCAGCAUUGAAUGAAUUCUCUGGAACAGAAAACAAUCAACAAGAUGAUUCAAAGAGCUCUGAAGAUUGGGAAUUGAGUCAAUUCUGGUACGAUGAAGAAACGACUCAAUUCUUGGCCGAUUCUCUCAUUAAAACGAUCAAUGGAAAUGGAGUAAUCGGUUGCAUCUCAUGUCCAACUGUUUACAUUAAAUUACUUUCCAUGAUUAAGGAAAAUGACAAAUAUUCUGAUGUUCAAGUUUAUCUUCUUGAAUUUGAUCAACGAUUCGCUCGGCUAGGACCUAAUUUCGUGUUCUAUGAUUAUCGCGAUCCUUUGGCCGUAAAAGAAGUUUUGUCCAGUUCAUUUUUCGAUAUUAUUGUUUGUGAUCCUCCAUUUCUAUCGGAAGAAUGUCUCACCAAAGUCACCGAGACGAUUAAUUAUCUGAAAAAGGAGAAAAUUAUUCUCAACACUGGAGCGAUUCAAAGUAAUUUGGUCGACAAAUUGUUACAAUUAAAACCAAGCUCAACUUUCAUUCCAAGACACAAAAACAAUCUCGCCAAUCAAUUUGCUUGUUUCUCUAAUUUCCCAAUUUAACCAUCAAAGAAAAUAAAUCAACAAUUAAAAGAUGAUCAAAGAAAAUUUUAUCAGCAUUAACAGUCUGAAUUUCAUAUUCAUCCAUUUCUUAGAAACUUUAACCAACAUUCACAUUCAUGUAUUCAUUGAUUGUUCAGUUUAUGCAUUGGAAAUGAUCAAUUAAAGGAAUCAAAAUUUCUGAAGGAAAUUUAAACAUCUACAUAAUUGUCAAUCAAAAAUCUCUAUUCAAUUGAAGUUAUUUAAUUGUUCCCUUUCAAUUCCCAAUUGUUAGCAACAAUUUGUUACUGUAUGAGUAAAUGAAUUUAUUGUUG